CUUCCGGAUGCAUUAUCUGAUCCAAAUGAUAAUGCUUUAUCUAUGUCUCGUCCAUUUACUUUAAAUGGCCCAAGUAGUUUAAAAAAAAAUCAGAAUAGCCUUCAGAAGUAGCUAAACUGAUAGCUAGCAACAAACAAGUUGUCGUCGCGAUUUAGCUAGGCUAGCCACUGCCAGGACCACUGAUAAAUUGACACAUUUUGCAGUGCCUAGUCAGCCAGCUAGCUGCAUAGAUAACGACGUCGGUAGCCAGCUAUUACAUGCGUUGUGUAGAUAAAUGUAACGUAAUAAACAGAGCUAACCAUCACCUUAAAGAUCAGGAUAAUGGAUGGCAAAAAAGACAAAGCCCAAGAAACCGAAGUUGCAAAAAUUACAGCCGAGCUGCUGAAGUCCCGAACAGGGGAGUUUGACCUGGAAUCCAUUUUGUUUCUCAAACUCAGAGGCCUUGGUAUAUAUGAUCUGGGCUGCGUGGGAGAGUGUAUGAACCUGGAGCGAUUAGACCUUUCCGGGAACAACAUCACAAACCUGACACCCCUGUCCUCCCUGCGCGUUCUUCUCACACUCAACCUGUCUGCCAACAGAAUUAACAGCUUAGAAGCCAUUAACACCUGUUACAGUCUACAGAGUCUAAAUGUGGCUGGGAACCUUAUUAGCAGUAUUGAAAACCUACAUUGCCUUCAGUCUCUGAGAAACAUGGAGAGUAUUCGCCUUAAUGACAACCUGUACAACUACACAAAUCCAGUUUGUAAGAACUCGGCAUAUAGAAACGUCCUCCUGGAAAUGUUCCCCAACAUCAAGGUUCUGGAUGGUGAAAGAGUGGUUGGAAGAGGGAGUGAAUUGUACCAACUGUGCAAAGACAUCGACGACACGAUAAAAGAAGGCAUGGCUAGAAAUGGACAGGCGGUAGAAGUGGCUGAGUGCAAGCCUUGGGUUGAAGACGGAUACUGGGACAUAAAGCGAUCAAGUAACACUAUCAUCGAUGAAGCCUACAAGCAAUUCAAUGACGUUCUCCAAGAGUGCCGACUCCUGAACAGCAGGGCUGCCCAUGCCAUUGCCCAGACGGAGAGGGCCCUGGCCGCCAAGACUCAGCCCAAGCAGUACUCUGUGUGAAGCGCCAGGCUGCCCCGCCCCGCCCAUGUAUCGCCAGAUUAAAGCUGCUUCUGCAUCGGAGGCCCCGUCAGAGCCUGGAGCAAACCUUUUUUUUUUCCCCUCUUGGAGGAGAUUUGUCUUGGUCUACCCUGUGCGCUUGAUAUCGCUGCCAGAAUCCUUCAGUGCGUCCUGGAGCCCGCCUUACAGGCCAGUAGUUCUGAGACGAGCCGGAGUCCACUCUGCGGGACCUUCGAACCACUGUGGUAACAGAGCUGGGCCCAUUUCACCAUCUCAGGAUGCUGUUAAGGUGCUUACCUUGCACACUAUACGUAAUACGACAGUUUGCGCUGCUUAAAGCUACGGUAUGCUGCUUUUUGGAUUUUUUUCCAACUAUUCUUUCAUUAUUUUUUUACUAUUUUUUUAUGCAUCAGCAUUAAGAAAGCUUUUCUGUAUAUCCAAAUAUGCACGUUGCACUGCUUGAUGGUGAUUCCUUUGGAAAUAAAAUUUCCUGUUUGUAUUAUUGUAUAUGCUCUUAAAAAAAAAGCAAGGCACAUACAGUGCAGACUGUAUUCUUUAUUUGGACAGUGACACAAUUUUUAUGAUUUGAUUUUUUUUCCACUCCAACAAACAGUUUAAAUAAAACGAUCACUAUGGUUAAA